AUGCCGACCUCCUAUCCUCCUCUCAACCUUGAUUCCCUCCCCUUCGAUGUCUUUUACCAGAUCGCCACCUUGCUGGAUGAUCGCGACUGCAUCCACCUGAGCCGCACCAACUGCGCUAUCCAUGCGUUGAUGGACAGUGACCUCAUCGCGCGCAAGACGGUCGAGAGUGUCCUCGCCCACAGCAAGGAGGGCCGCGCCGCCUUGGCGGCCCAGUCCGGCUACCGCAAGGCUGUCGGGCGUCGCUUCGAUAUCCACGAAGCGGUCGCCACGGCAGCACCCUAUGCAGUCGCCGUCCUGGCAUAUGCGGCCGAUUUUCUCUAUCACCAAGGCAUCCUGUGCUAUCGCGUUGGGCACGAAAUCCGUGUGCUGAACGUGCAUCGUGGUGCGCGCCAGGAGCGUGUCUUGAAUCUAUACGAGGUCAUCCCUCGUCUGGACGGGGGCCCGCCUGCGGGGAGUUUCGACCUUGCGAGCCCCGACCCCGCGGAGCGCGUGGAACUCGUCCACUAUAGCGAGGGAAUCCUCGUGUUUCGUCUUCAGGGCAUCGGCGCCCAGGAUGACCUGCUGAUUGCGAUUGAUAUGGCCUUGCGGCAGUCGCGCCGCAGGCGGUUACUCCUCCAGAAGUCCAUUCCCGCCGAGGCCGCGAUCUUCGUACGGCAUAGUCGCUCGUAUAUCUGGUACGGCAUAUUUACGGCCGCACUCGGGUCACAAGGUGCCUGGCAAUGUUACGGGAUGGACCUGGCCACGGAUGAAACCAUCGAGUUUCUUUUAGAUCGGGUGGUCGACGAGGAUAUUGGCCAGACCCUCUGCUUCGAAACGUACCAGGACCACCUCUACGCCGUGUCGACGCAGGUUACCUCGGACGACGAUGAGCGAUUUUCCUCUUUCUAUCACUGGUUCUGCUAUGCGCCCCGCCAGAAGGGCCGGAAGUGGAGCGGCCGCCUGUGGCGCCGCGAGCAUUGUGAAGGUCCCAUCAACGAGAUGUGGACGGAUCUUGCGAUCCGAACAGAUGAGACCACCGGGCGCCCGGUCAUUAUCGAAUGUCGCCGUGAAUGGCGCGAUGGGAAAAGUGAGAACCACCGAACAACCUAUAUUGAACCCCUGUCGACCCCGGCAGAAAUGCUCGCAGCACACCCUGAGGGAGACGUCAAGUCGCCUGCGAGGAGCGCCUCCGUCUUUGACGACGACGAAGCAGAUAGCAAUACCAAAGACCCCGAGAUCGACCAGGCGUAUGACCACCGCCCCGAAAAGCGUGUCCGGCGGAAUUACCACGCCGAAUACGAGCUCAGCGAUGACCCGCAACAGCGACAAGAAUUCAUCGCCGCGCGCACCAAGCACCGCAGUUACCACCUCGCCGCCGCCACGUUCGUCGACCUCGUCAAUGACCCCGCGCCCCAAGCAGACGGCGUCCGAGUCCGCGAUCGUCUGCGCCUGCGUACCGUCUCCCGCAAGCGCAAAUGCCCCAUUGACGAACAAGGCAUCGCUGGCGAACCAGGCCUCCUCUUCCGUCCCACCCAAACCGACGCCGACGGCCGUCCCGUGGAAGGCGCCGAGGAGCGCUUCGACUCUCGCGGUGUUCAUCUGUGGCCCCGAGAAGACGCCCCUGCCGAACUGCACCACCUCCUCUGCCCAGACCCGCACUCCGGGAUAGUAGACGCCAUUUCCGACGAGCGCACCCUUGUCUACUCCGUCACGUCCGCGGGCCUCCCGCCCAGCCAUCGAGCGCUCAUCCUGAUCAGUUUUGAUCCCGCGCUUCACUUUCCUACACUUUCAUCGGUACAGACUCUCAAGACAUCUGCGACCCCGCAGAGUAUCUUCCCGGUGGUGCUGCCCAAGCCGACGACUUCGCGUGGAGGCCUCAUCAAGGAGGCUGUCCCGCUUUAUCAAGCUAUUCGACGGGGAUAUUGGCUGCGAUGA